AAAUCUGAGCCAUUCGACCCCUAUCACUCAUGAUCUCUCCCUCUCGCGCUAAUUCGCCCAACGCCAGCAUUGCCGUCUGCUAUUCGCCGCGCAGCCGUCCACCGUCGCCGCUCGCCGGUCUCUCUCUAUUCUAACCCAUCCAUCUCUGUUUGCUUCUCCGGCUACUGCACUGCAGCCACACUGCAGCCGCCGUCACUCGGUCGUCGCUGCCAGUCGAACCCACCGCCGUCGUUGGAUUUGGGAUUGUGAAUCUGUGAUUUGGAGGUUUUUGGCUCGCCGUCCUGCAGGCUGGAGGGUGUUUCGAUUAGAUUUUAGAAAUAUAUCGAGUCUAAUGGCUGUGAGGAGACCUGGAGUUAUUGCUUUAUUUGAUGUCGAUGGGACUUUAACAGCUCCUAGAAAGGUUGCCACUCCAGAGAUGUUGAAAUUUAUGGGAGAGCUCCGCAAGGUUGUUACAGUUGGUGUUGUGGGAGGAUCUGACCUUUCAAAGAUAUCAGAGCAGCUUGGGAACUCAGUUAUUCAUGACUAUGAUUAUGUGUUCUCUGAGAACGGACUCAUGGCACAUAAAGAUGGGAAGCUCAUUGGCACUGAGAGCUUGAAAUUGCAUCUUGGAGAAGAAAACCUCAAGAGUCUUAUCAACUUUACGCUUCAUUAUAUUGCUGACUUGGAUAUUCCUAUAAAAAGGGGAACAUUUAUUGAGUUUCGAAAUGGGAUGCUUAAUGUUUCACCAAUUGGGCGAAACUGCAGCCAAGAAGAAAGAGAUGAAUUUGAGAAGUAUGAUAAGGUCCAGAACAUACGCCCCAAAAUGGUUUCCAUCCUUCGGGAGAAAUUCGCACAUCUUAAUUUAACAUUCUCCAUUGGAGGACAAAUAAGCUUUGAUGUCUUUCCUCAAGGUUGGGACAAGACAUAUUGCCUGAGGUACCUUGAAGAUUUUCAAGAAAUCCACUUCUUUGGCGAUAAAACUUACAAGGGAGGAAAUGAUCAUGAAAUUUAUGAAUCAGAACGAACUGUAGGCCACAAAGUUUGUUUAUUUUUGUUUUUUGCAGUUAUUAGCCCUGACGACACUGUAGAGCAGUGUCAGGCCAUAUUUUUCUAACAAGAUCCAAUAUCCGAAGAAGAAAACUUCAAUUUUAUCUGUACGAAUAUGCCACAUUCUGAUUUUACACAUAAGUUAAUUUAUUAUGAACGACUAUUCAGUUCUAUUCAUGAUUAAGAAUGAUGAAGGUGUUGGAGACAAAUAAAUGACGAACUAAAAUAGACUACGUUUCUCA